CGGUCAGAUCCUUUUAAGGUUUCGUAGAUUUUGAUAAUCAUUUAUUUAAGCGUUUGAACGCAUUUAGAAGCUUUUAAGCAUCUACGAAACCUUUUUUGAGGGUUCGGUAAAACUCCUUUUUUUUUUUAGAGUGUAGAGAUUUUAUGUUCUCUUUGGACUGUCUAUUUACAAUCAGGUUUGGGUCAAUUGAAGACUCACUAUUCUCGCAAUGGAUUAGGAUCACAAUUAUGGGUAAAACCAGUUCAAUCAAUGUUGAAAGUAACUGUUCGUUCAGGUACCGAAGAAAACGAAGCCUGUUUAACUUAUGUGAAGAAUCGUCUAACUCAACUAGACAAAGCGAUUCAACAAGCUCAUACUGAUCUUCAUGUUCAAAAGAAUCAUCUGCCUAACGAUUCAACCCUGAUUCAACAAGCAAUUGAAAGAUUUGUGGAAGAAAAUUUGACUGGUCUACGGAAAAAAAUUCAACAUAAAAUACAACUAGUACAUUAUGAUUAUAAAGAACAUAUCUUAAAACUCGACUAUCUUAAACAGAAUCCCAGUGAAACUCAAAUAAAAUUAGCGGAACAACUCUGUGCGGCGAAGCAACAAGAAGAAAUCAGCAAAUAUACAUCGGAACUACUUGAAAAACAAAUUAUUCAUCAUAAAUCUUUGUUAACUUUCGAUCAUCUGCCUAUAGCUCGUGUACCUUUAUUUGAUUCAAUUCGUAAUAUAGACGUUCAAAAACAGUUCUAUGUUCAAUAUAGACAAGUGAUCGAACAAACACAAACGAAUAUGUUUACUCUCUAUACUCAAUCAGCUACUAGUCAAAAACAACGUUAUCAAAAUCAAUACAAUGAUAAAAUGAAAGAAAUACAACAUGAACAACAUUCGCUUCCAGAUACAGAAAAAUUAACGACAAAGAUGAUUGAAUUAAUUGGACAACGUGCUCAAAUUAUUGGAAAACGACUCAAAUGUAUUCAUGAUUUCAAAGUUCAAACUUUAUCGAUUCUACCAUAG